GCUGUGAGUGUGAAGAGGAGCACUCUGGGCUUUCACACACAUACAGGAAGAAGUUGAAUAAGUGCAAAAACAAGGCGCCUUUUUAACGUCGACUUGUGCACUUUCGUUUCUUUUUGGUCGCAGUGCUGAAAUGUAGAUCUGGAGUUAUGAAGGCGAUCCUGAGGACUGGUGCCAAACGGAAAACGCUGUAACCGCGUGGAUUACUCCAGUCGUCAUUUAAAUGGACAAACAGGACAACUCUUGAGCGAAUCUCGUGUAAAAUGUCAGAACACAGGUCGAGUUUUCUUCACAUUGGAGACAUUGUGUCUCUUUACGCGGAAGGCUCGGUGAAUGGCUUCAUCAGUACUUUGGGCCUUGUUGAUGACCGGUGUGUGGUGCAGCCUGAUGCCGGAGACCUGGCUAACCCACCCAAAAAGUUCAGAGAUUGCCUCUUCAAGGUGUGUCCCAUGAGCAGAUAUUCUGCUCAGAAGCAGUUCUGGAAGGCAAAGCAAGGGAAACAAGGGAACAACAAUACACAGGGAGACCUGUUUAAGAAGUUACAGCAUGCAGCAGAGUUGGAGCAGAAGCAGAAUGAGUCAGAGAACAAGAAGCUGCUCGGGGAAGUUGUCACAUACAGUAACGUCAUCCAGCUCCUGCACAUAAAGAGUAAUAAGUAUCUGACAGUAAACAAGCGUCUCCCUGCCUUACUGGAAAAGAACGCCAUGCGGGUUUCCCUGGACCCAGCUGGGAACGAAGGCUCCUGGUUCUACAUUCAGCCUUUCUGGAAGCUCCGCAGUGAAGGUGAUAAUGUGGUGGUUGGAGACAAGGUGGUGCUGAUGCCGGUGAAUGCCGGACAGCCGCUUCACGCCAGCAACAUUGAGCUGCUAGACAACCCUGGCUGCAAAGAGGUUAAUGCUGUUAACUGUAACACCAGCUGGAAGGUUACCUUGUUCAUGAAGUUCAGUGACUACAGGGAAGAUGUGCUGAAGGGGGGAGAUGUAGUUCGCCUGUUUCACGCCGAGCAAGAGAAGUUUCUGACCUGUGAUGACUACAAGCAGAAGCAGCAUAUUUUUCUCAGGACCACGCUGCGGCAGUCCGCAACAUCCGCCACCAGCUCCAAAGCACUCUGGGAGGUCGAGGUUGUGCAUUAUGACCCCUGUAGGGGCGGAGCUGGCCAAUGGAACAGUCUGUUCCGCUUCAAACACUUGGCGACAGGGAAUUAUCUUGCUGCUGAGAAAAACCAUUCGGCUGAUGUGUCAACAAAACCAUUAAACUCUGGGGCGGAGGCAGAUAAAACAACAGAGGUGAAUCCCGAUUACAAAGACGAUACGGUGGAGUCCAAAGGAGAGACUGAAGUGGAUGCUUUGUUCUCCAAGAAGAAACAUCAAGCUGCAGAGAAGAAGAUCGCUUUCACUCUGGUUUCUGUUCCCCACGGGAACGACAUCGCUUCUUUGUUUGAACUGGACGCGACCACUCUGCAGAGAGCUGACUGUCUGGUGCCCAGAAACUCCUAUGUGAGGCUUCGACACUUGUGCACAAACACUUGGGUAACCAGCACUAAUGUUCCCAUUGACACAGAGGAGGAACGUCCAGUGAUGCUGAAGAUUGGCACGUGCCCCACUAAAGAGGACAAAGAAGCUUUUGCUAUUGUAUCGGUUCCCCUGUCAGAGGUCAGAGACUUGGAUUUUGCCAAUGAUGCCAGCAAAGUCCUGGAAUCAACUGUGAGGAAGCUUCAGUAUGGCAACAUCGCUCAGAAUGAGAGAAGGUUUGUGACCAAGCUUCUGGACGACUUGGUUUUCUUUGUAUGUGUGGUACCGAACAACGGGCAGGAUGUUCUGUCUGUGAUGACGUCCACGCCCAAUCGAGAGAGACAGAAACUGAUGAGGGAACAGAACAUCCUUGCUCAGAUCUUUGGCAUCCUGAAGGCUCCAUUCACGGACAAGGGUGAUGGUCCAAUGUUGAAGCUGGAGGAUUUGGGAGACCAACGCUAUGCUCCAUUCAAGUACCUGCUGAGCGUGUGCUACAGAGUGCUACGUCAUUCCCAGCAGGACUAUCGUAAGAACCAGGAAUAUAUUGCCAAAAAGUUCACCAUCAUGCAGUCUCAGAUUGGAUAUGAGAUCCUUGCUGAGGACACAAUCACAGCCCUGUUGCACAACAACCGCAAGCUGCUGGAAAAACACAUCACAGCCAGAGAGAUCGAGACCUUUGUCAGCCUGCUCAGACGCAACAGAGAGCCCAGAUUCCUGGAUUAUCUCUCUGAUCUGUGUGUGUCCAAUAAAACCGCCAUCCCGGUAACGCAGGAGCUUAUCUGUAAAUUUGUGCUGAACCCGACCAACGCUGACAUCCUCAUCCAGACCAAACUGAUCCCUAACACAGAGAACACACUGGAGUCGUCGCUCCUACAGGAGGAUGUGGAGGAAGAGGAGGUUUGGCUCUACUGGAUUGACAACCAUAAGGAACCUCAUGGAAAAUCUAUCCGCCACCUCUCUCAGGAUUCUAAGGGCAACCACAAGAUGGAUAUAGACAUUAUCACCUAUUAUAGGUACCAGCUGAAUCUCUUUGCUAAGAUGUGCCUGGACCGUCAGUACCUGGCCAUCAACCAGAUCUCCUCACAGUUGCCUGUGGAUCUGAUCCUGCGCUGCAUGUUUGACGACAGCCUGCCCUACAACCUGAGAGCCUCCUUUUGUCGCCUCAUGCUACACAUGCAUGUGGACCGUGACCCACAAGAGGCUGUGGUGCCCGUACGUUACGCCCGCCUCUGGACUGAGAUCCCCUCGAAGAUCACCAUCCACGAGUUUGAGUACGAGUCUACAGACUCCUCCAGAGAUGAGAUGAAAAGGAAAUUUGCUCCGACUAUGGAGUUUGUGGAGGAAUACCUCAAAGAUGUGGUCAGCCAACCUUUUCCAUUUGGGGAAAAAGAGAAGAAUGAACUCACAUUAGAGGUGGUGAAUCUGGCUCGGCACCUGGUUUACUUUGGUUUCUACAGCUUUAGUGAGCUGUUACGUCUCACACGUACUCUGCUGGCAAUCCUGGAUAUUGUCCAGCACCCACUCAGCUUCAUGAGCAAGCUCAGUAAGAGUCCAGAGGCUGGAAACAAUGUCCUGCGUACCAUCCACGGUGUUGGAGAAAUGAUGACUCAAAUGGUGAUGAGUCGAGGUGUGCCGCACAGCCUUCCUGACACCCCUCCCUCUCUGCGUUACGGGAAAGGCCACUUCCCACCAGACAACGAGGAUGUCAUGGUGAUGGAUACUAAGCUGAAAAUCAUAGAAAUCUUACAAUUCAUUCUGAGUGUGAGGCUGGAUUACAGGAUUACAUACUUGUUGUCCAUUUACAAGAAAGAGUUUGGAGACAACUCUAGUGAAACCUCUGGCUCUGUGUCUGACAUGGCCUUUAUGUUGGCUCCCGAGCCAGACAUAGAUAAGAUUCUAGCCAAAGCAGAGACCAUGUUUGCAGGGAGCUCGGAGUUGAGCGCAGUGGAGCUGGACGAUGAGGGUGGCCGGACAUUUUUAAGGGUUCUGAUCCACCUUAUUAUGCAGGAUUACCCACCACUGGUUUCUGGCUCUCUGCAACUCAUAUUCAAGCACUUCAGCCAGAGAGCAGAAGUGCUGCAGGCCUUCAAACAGGUCCAGCUGCUCGUGUCAGAGCAGGAUGUGGAGAAUUACAAACAGAUCAAAACUGACCUGGACCAGCUGCGUCUGACUGUGGAGAAGUCAGAGCUGUGGGUGGAGAAGGAUGGAGUCUACAACAGCGAAGACCUCCCUGUCAGGCAGGCCAAAGACCAGAACGUCGAGGAGGGUGUCUUGAGCCCUAUGCAGAAUGGAGAUAUUAAACAUCAGAUUGACAGCAACAACACAAACAACUACAACAUAGUCAAAGAGAUACUGGUUCGCCUCAGUAAAUUGUGUUACCCGAGCAAGAAGAGUCGUGUCCAGCAGCAGAGGCUGCUGAAGAACAUGGGGGCUCAUACUGUGGUGCUGGACCUGCUGCAGAUCCCAUAUGAAAAGAAUGAUGAGAAGAUGAAUGAGAUCAUGAUGCUGGCGCACACAUUCUUGCAGAACUUCUGCCGAGGAAACUCCCAGAACCAAAUUCUUCUCCAUAAACAUCAUAAUCUCUUCCUGACUCCAGGCUUGCUGGAAGCUGAGACGGUACGGCACAUCUUUAUGAAUAACUACCAGCUGUGCAAUGAGAUCAGUGACCGUGUGGUGCACCAUUUUGUCCACUGCAUUGAAACACAUGGGAGGCAUGUCCUAUACCUUAAAUUCCUGCAAACCAUUGUGAAAGCUGAUGGCAAAUAUGUAAAGAAAUGCCAAGACAAAGUCAUGACAGAGCUGGUGAACGGUGGUGAGGACGUGCUGGUGUUCUACAACGACCGCUCCUCCUUCCCCAUGUUGUUGCAGAUGAUGGGUUCUGAACGUGAGAGAACAAGUGAGGAUGGAGCUCUGGCCUACCACAUCACCCUGGUGGAACUACUGGCUGCCUGCACUGAGGGAAAGAAUGUCUAUACUGAGCUGAAAUGCAACUCUCUGCUGCCUUUGGAUGAUAUUGUCAAAGUUGUCACUGAUGUCCACUGUAUACCAGAGGUGAAAAGUGCUUAUGUCAACUUUGUGAAUCACUGCUAUGUGGACACAGAGGUAGAAAUGAAGGAGAUCUACACCUCCAACCACAUCUGGAAGCUCUUUGACAAUUUCCUCGUGGAUAUGUCCAGUGUGUGCAACAGUACCACAGAUCGUAACCAUGCUGAUCUUGCGCUGGAAAAGUAUGUGAUAGACACAGUGAUGGCUGUUGUCAAGGGCUUCUUCAGCUCACCUUUUUCUGUCAACCACUCCAACUUGCAGACAAACCAGCCUAUCUUCAUCCAGCUGCUCCAGUCUGCAUUCAGGAUCUGUAACUGUACCUGGCUCAGCUCAGCUCAGAAGGCAAAUGUUGAGAGCUGCAUUAAAACACUGGCAGAUGUGGCUAAGGCACGAGCCAUUGCUAUCCCAGUUGACCUGGACAGUCAGGUCAACGCUCUGUCUCUGAAGGUUCAUAGCACGAUGGUGCAACGUGCAGCCAAGGACUGGAGAAUAUCUGCCCGACAGCGUCCACGCAAGGAGCCUCUAGGAGGUCCUGACUACAAGAACGUCAUUGAGAAGCUGCAGGGUGUUGUGUCUUGUCUGGAGGAGCAGGUUAGUCCAAAGGCUCAGGCCGAGUUCUCUGUGCUGGUGGACAUUCUGCAGAGUCCUGAGCUGCUGUUUCCAGAAGGUGCACGAUUGAGAUGUGAGAGUGGCGCGUUUAUGUCCAAACUAAUCAAUCACACGAAGAAACUUAUGGAAAAAGAGGAGAAGCUGUGCAUCAAGAUCUUGCAGACACUCAGACAGAUGCUGGACAAGAAGGAAUGCUUACAGGAUUCUGGAAACGAUUUGAGAAAGAUCCUCCUCACACGCUACUAUGGAAAUCAAAAACCUAUUUCCAAGUCAGAGAGUGUCAGUGGGAACAGCUCAUCUGGAGGAAGUUCUCCUGUUCUAGACUCUGACAAGCCUGGUAGCAGUAUGGUGGAGAUCCAGUGUUUGCUGGACAACGUUGGGGCAUCAGAACUGGUGAUUGACCUAAUCUUCAACACCAAGAAUGAUCGGGUGUUUGAGGAGAGCAUCCAGCUGGGCAUUGCACUUCUCCAGGGGGGAAACACACAGAUACAGAAUUCCUUCUACCAACAACUAUACAAGCAGAAGAAGUCAGAGAAGUUUUUUAAAGUUUUCUAUGACCGCAUGCGUUUGGCACAACAAGAGAUUCGAGCCACUGUCUCUGUCAAUAUGUUUGAGCUCAGCUGCAGGAAAAGAGAUGAUGAUGGUGACAUCAGCAGCUUCAGGUUCAAGAAAGGGAAAGAGUCCGGGCUUUACAUGAGGGAGGAGAUGCGAGGGCAGCUGAAGGAAGCCUCUUCAGUGACUUCCAAGGCUUUCUCUGCCUUCAGAAAGGAGCUGGAUCCUGAUUUUGAAGGUCUCGGCCAGGGCAGUGAGGGAACUGGGGCUGAAGAGCCAAUAGAAGACACUCAAAUGAGCCCAGCAAUCACCAUCAUGAAACCAAUUCUGCGAUACCUGCAGCUGCUCUGUGAGAACCACAAUUUACACCUCCAGAACUUUCUACGCAAUCAAAACAAUAAAACUAACUACAACCUGGUGUGUGAGACUCUCCAGUUCCUGGAUUGUAUCUGUGGAAGCACGACUGGUGGCCUUGGGUUGCUGGGCCUUUAUAUAAAUGAGAGCAAUGUGGAUUUGGUUCGGCAAACUCUGGAAACCAUCACAGAAUACUGCCAGGGACCCUGUCAUGAAAAUCAGACUUGUAUUGCCAAGCAUGAGUCGAAUGGCAUUGACAUUAUUAUAGCGCUGAUUGUCAACUCCAUCAACCCCUUGGGGAAGCAUCGUCUGGAUCUGGUGCUUGAACUAAAGAACAACGCCUCCAAGCUCCUGUUGGCUAUUAUGGAGAGUCGACACGACAGCGAGAAUGCAGAGAAGAUUCUUUACAAGAUGAGACCCACUGAACUGGUGGAUGUGAUGAAGGAAGCUUACGCUCAGGGUGUGGAGAUGGAGGAAGAUGCGGAAAGUGUUGGAGACCAGAUUACACCCAAAGAUGUUGGGCAUAACAUUUACAUCCUGGCUCAUCAGCUUGCCAGACACAGUAAAGUCCUGCAGCAGAGCCUGAGGCCAGGAGCGGGGUUAGGGCAGGGUGCAGGGAUGGACCCUGACAGUGAGCGGGAUGAUGCUCUACAGUACUACGCCAAACAUACUGCUCAAAUAGAGAUUGUGCGUGAUGACCGCACAAUGGAGCAGAUUGUGUUUCCAGUCCCGAACAUCUGUGAGUACCUCACAGAGGAGUCCAAGAUGCGUGUGUUCACCACCACAGAGAGGGACGACCAGGGCAGCAAGGUUAACGACUUCUUCCAGCAGUUUGACAACCUCUACAACGAGAUGAGGUGGCAGAAGAAAAUUCGCAAAAAUAAGGCUCUGUUCUGGUUCUCACGCCACAUCUCCCUGUGGGGGAGUAUCUCCUUUUACCUGGCCUGCCUGCUCAACAUCGCUGUAGCUGUAUUCUAUCCUUUUGGUGAUGAUGGAGAUGAAGGCACCUUAUCCUCAUUUUGGAAUAUUUUCUUGUGGGUGGCAUUGGGGGUGUUCACUGUCUUGCUUCCUGUCUUACCUAAACCGUGGGACAUCCUUUUCUUCCUGAUCUCCCUCAUUCUACGUGCGAUCUACACGAUGGGCCUAGGACCAGCACUGGUGCUGUUGGGUACCAUUAAUUUGUUCAACAAGAUCAUCUUUAUUGUGAGUUUUGUGGGCAAUCAAGGAACCUUCACCCGUGGCUACAAAGCUGUUAUUAUGGACAUGCUGUUUAUUUACCAUUUGAGUUAUGCUAUCAUCUGUGUGCUGGGCCUCUUCGUACAUGAAUUCUUCUACAGCUUUUUGCUGUUUGACUUGGUGAUCCGAGAGGAGACGCUGCUCAACGUGAUUAAGAGCGUGACGAGGAAUGGCCGCUCCAUCAUUCUGACAGCUGUGCUGGCUAUCUUUCUUGUCUACUUCUUCUCCAUCAUUGGCUUCCUUUUCCUCAAGGACGACUUUCGUAUGGAUGUCGAACGCCUUCGUGCUCCAGGAAAAGGGAAUUUUGUGAGUAAUCAAGGAGUUGCUGAGUCAUGUUCGAGAGACAGUUGUCCUGUUUCCCUAUCUAAAUCUGCUCCUGAUGAUGAUGAUGAUGGGACAGAGCGGGUGUGCGAUACACUGCUCAUGUGUAUAAUCACAGUGUUGAACCACGGAUUACGCAAUGGAGGAGGCGUGGGAGACAUUCUUAGGAGGCCCUCCAAAGAGGAGCCUCUCUUUACAGCCCGGGUAGUUUACGACCUUCUGUUCUUCUUCAUUGUGAUCAUCAUUGUUCUCAACCUCAUCUUUGGUGUUAUUAUUGACACCUUUGCGGACUUAAGGAGCGAGAAGCAAAGGAAGGAGGAGAUCCUGAAAACCACUUGUUUCAUCUGUGGUUUGGAAAGGGACAAAUUUGACAACAAGACUGUGUCCUUUGAGGAGCAUAUUAAGUUUGAACACAAUAUGUGGCACUACCUUUACUUCCUGGUUUUGGUGAGGGUGAAGGAUCCAACUGAGUACACCGGUCCUGAGAGCUACGUGGCUCAGAUGAUCAUGGAGAAGAAUUUGGACUGGUUUCCACGUAUGCGAGCCAUGUCUUUGGUGAGCAAUGAGGGUGACAAUGAGCAGAACGAGAUGCGCUGUCUGCAGGAGAAACUGGACAGCACCGUUACUCUGGUGUCUCAGCUGUCUGCACAGCUGGCUGAGCUCAAAGAACAAAUGACGGAGCAGAGGAAGAAUAAGCAGCGGCUUGGCUUCCUGGGUCCUCCUCAGGCCAACCAUCACAUCCCGUCUCAUUGAGAGGCACGAAUACAAAACAGCAGUGACCUUUUGACUUCACUCACAGUGGCAACCAGGCACAUACGUAGAUGUGCACAAACGCCUACAGAUGUACAGCUGCUGAUGUCAAAUCCCAAGAUGUGCGUUGGUGCAAUAUUUCUGUUAAAAAAAAAAAAAAAAAAAAAACAUGCUGCCUUUUCAGGUCCAUACUGUGCCUUAUGUGAUCUAUCAGCUAGAAAGAGGGCAUUGUGUAUGCGUGCGUUAGCAGAGGGACAGGGCUCUGUGGAUCACUUGCCGCUGUUGUGUUCGUGUGCUGCAAAAGAGGUCAAGGGAAAUGUUAAGGUUAAUGGUUAAAUGCUUACAAAUGGCUGUGUUGACUUUCUGCAUUCCUUCUCUGUCUCUGUACUGACGUAUUCGAGAACAGAACAAAUGAGUCAACACAGGUCCGUGAUUGGCUGAGAAUUCACUGAUUGAUGCUCCGGGGGAAAAGUGUGCACCCUUACAUAAAGUGCUCUCAACGUUGGUUUUUAAAUCUCUCCUGGCAUUUAUGUGGAAAAGUGCCGAUUUGUAACUGGACUAUUACGUUUGCUUUCUGGAACAGAACUCAUGCUGCCUUAAUGUUUAUGUACAGUACAUUGUAAUUGCUGAGAGCGCACUUUUAAAAUAUCAGUUUAAGCUUGUAACUGGAAGUGUUAGUUCACCCUGCACAUUAGCUGCAACUGUUUCAGUUGCUUUUUUACAAAUUACAAAUAAUGAUUAUCUGUGCAGAACUUACUUGAAGGGUAUUUUCAGUCCAAAUCAUGUAUUGGUACAUAAUGUAGUACGGGCUGAAAACGCUAUAUUCAUUUACAGUUCUUUAUUGCAAAUACUGUAACAUUCACUGUAUUUGCUCUAAUCAUCUUCUACUUGCUUUUGAUAUUUAGAUUUUUUUUUUAGUGCAGAUCAUUCUGACCAGUUUGUCUUGGACUCCACAGAAGUUUUUUUUUUUUUUUUUAACUUGCACAACUUAACAACAGAUUGUCAGUGUAUGCACUUGAUAGGAUCUGUCAUUUGUCACUUUCUGUGAAAAAAUGGUGUAUGGACAGCAUUUUUAUGUGCCCAGAUUUAAUAAAGAGUUUCUAACAG